UCCUCCAAGCGCGCACACACACACACAGACACGCGCACACACACACACCCACCCGUGUGCACAAAGGCAGGCACCUAAUAUCGGCCCUCCUUCAGAGGCUCCACAUCGCGAUGGCACCCAAGAAAGUCGAAGCCAAGAAGCCCGAGCCCAAAAAGCCAGAGCCCAAAAAGGAGGCAGCAGCGGCCCCGGCACCUAAGCCCGCCGCCGCCCCUGAGCCUCUCCCCGAGCCCCCGAAGGAGCCCGACUUCGACCCCAAGAGCAUCACCAUCGAGUACACGGCCGACCAGAUCGAGGAGUUCAAGGAGGCGUUCACCCUCUUCGACCGGACGCCCACGGGCGAGAUGAAGAUCACCUACGCCCAGUGCGGGGACGUGAUGCGGGCCCUGGGUCAGAACCCCACCAACGCCGACGUGCUGAAGGUCCUGGGGAAGCCGCGCCCGGAGGACAUGAGCACCAAGAUGCUGGACUUCGAGACCUUCUUGCCCAUGCUCCAGCACAUCUCCCGCUCCAAGGACCAGGGCAACUUCGAGGACUUCGUGGAGGGGCUGCGGGUUUUCGACAAGGAGGGCAACGGCACCAUCAUGGGGGCGGAGCUCCGGCACGUCCUGGCCACGCUGGGCGAGAGGAUGACAGAGGACGAGGUGGACCGGCUCAUGGCCGGGCAGGAGGACGCCAACGGCUGCAUCAACUACGCCUCCUUCGUCAAGCACAUCCUGUCAGGGUGAGAAAGGGACACCUCCUCCGGAGAUUACAUUUAAACAUUUUUUUUCCCAAAUUUUACAUCGCAGUUCUUUUCUCUGGCCCCACAACUGUUUGUUUUCAAUACCAGAACCCGCCUCCAAACUUUGCCCACACAGAGCAUGUCCUUGAAAGUUCUAUUGAUUUUCUUU